AUGGAUAUUAUUUUCACUCUACGUCAACAUUACACCUGUCGUAAGGUUACAAAUGAAUUUUAUCGUAAAUAUGGUCCAGAGAAUAUAAUAUUUAACCCUACUAGUGAUAAUAUAGAUGUUAUAGAAGGAAAGAGUCAGAAUGUCAACUGUAUAGCUGAUUGUAAACCAGAUUGUAACAUCACCUGGUCUAAAGAUGGUUCAACAACAAUUCUAAAUAACCCUUUAUCACUUAGUACUAGAAAUCAAACUGGUUCUUAUACCUGUACAGUUAGACAUACUGUAUUAAAUAAACAACUUACAAAACAACUUAAUGUUCAGAUUUACUAUGGUCCUGAUAAACUUACUUUCUCACCAGAUGUAACAAGUAUCAAAAUAAUAGAAGAUGGUCCUGAUAAACUUACUUUCUCACCAGAUGUAACAAGUAUCAAAAUAAUAGAAGAUGGUCCUGAUAAACUUACUUUCUCACCAGAUAUAACAAGUAUCAAUAUAAUAGAAGAUGGUCCAGAUGAACUUACUUUCUCACCAGAUGUAACAAGUAUCAAUAUAAUAGAAGAUGGUCCUGAUAAACUUACUUUCUCACCAGAUGUAACAAGUAUCAAUAUAACAGAAGAUGGUCCUGAUAAACUUACUUUCUCACCAGAUGUAACAAGUAUCAAUAUAACAGAAGAUGGUCCUGAUAAACUUACUUUCUCACCAGAUGUAACAAGUAUCAAUAUAAUAGAAGAUGGUCCUGAUAAACUUACUUUCUCACCAGAUGUAACAAGUAUCAAUAUAAUAGAAGGUAGAGAUCAAACUAUAACAUGUUUAACUGAUUGUUAUUAUUUCAGAUGGUCCUGA